AUGAUGGAAGCGUCUCAUCCCGCGGCAGGAUGGGAGAACGUCGGCGACAAGUGGUACCGCAAGGUCCAGCUCUACACCGAAGUGUUCGACCAAGACCUUGACCUCGACAACCACAUCGUCGCCGGCGCCCCCUACGGCGGAGCCAUCGCUCUCCUCCGAGACGACACCAAGAUCCAGGCUUACCGCGCCAACCCAGGCGGCGGCGGCGGCGGCGCCUCCUCGUCCAAACCCGGCAUCGAUAUCUACUCGUACGCCGGCAAGCUCCUCCGCCGCAUCCCCUGGGAGCAGGGCUCCGGCUCCAUCAAGGGCCUCGGCUGGGCCAGCGUCGCCGGCGGCGAGGAGAAGCUCCUCGUCGCCACGACGGACGGCACCGUCCGCGUCUACGAUUUGCAGGGCGAGUUCACGCAGUUCUCCCUUGGCAACGGCGCCGACGAGUCCGGCGUCAUCAGCUGCCGCUUCUACGAAUCCGGAAUGGUCGCGCUCCUCGGUAACGACACUUUCGUCUCGGUCACGUCGUACACCGAGCCGCGCCCGCGGCUGCUCGCGACGCCGCCGACCGACCAGGGCGAGAUCCACGCCUGGGCCGUCGUGGCGCCGGAUCAUACGCUCUCGCGUUCCGUCGAGGUACUGCUGAGCAUCGGGGAGACGGUAUACGUCAUCGACGCGGCCGAGUGCGAGGACCGGUUCCUGGACCUCGGGCCCUUCAGCCACAUCAGCGUGUCCCCCGACGGCCGGCUGAUCGCGCUGUACACGAAGACGGGCAAGGCGCAUGUGAUUUCAAGCGAUUUCCAGGAGAGGCGUGUCGAGCACGACUCGCAGUCCAAGAUCCCACCCAAGUAUGUCGAGUGGUGCGGCACCGAUGCGCUGAUUGCGUGGGAGGAUGAGGUACACAUCAUCGGGCCGGAUGCUGCGACCGCAGAGUUCUUUUACGACGGACGAGUGCACGUUGUAUCAGAACACGACGGCGCAAGACUCAUCACAAAUGACGUUUGCGACUUCCUAGAGCGCGUCCCGCACGCCACGGAGGAGGUCUUCGGUACCCGGGCCGAGUCCUCGGCAGCAUCGAUCCUGCUCGACGCCGUCGGCCAGCUGGAGCUUCAGUCGCCCAAGGCCGACGACUACAUCCAGCUGAUCCGCGCCAACCUUACUGAGGCCGUCGACACGUGCGUCACGGCGGCGGGCCGCGAAUUCAGCAUCCACUGGCAGAAGCAGCUCCUCAAGGCUGCGUCCUUUGGCAAGUCGGUGCUCGACAUCUACAACAGCGACGAGUUCGUCGAUAUGUGUGAGACCCUGCGCGUGCUCAACGCCGUUCGCUUCUUCGAGGUCGGCCUGCCCCUCUCGUUCGAGCAGUACCAGCGUCUCACCCCCGAGGGCCUCAUCAAGAGGCUCAUCAACCGUCACGAGUACCUGCUCGCGCUUAAGAUCGCGGGGUACUUACGUCUGCCCACCGACCGCAUCUACGUCCACUGGGCCUCGGCCAAGGUCCGCUCGGGUGCUGAGGACGACGACACUAUCUGCCGGCUGGUUGUCGAGCGCCUCUCCGGGAAGCCAGGCAUCUCCUUUGAGGAGAUCGCACGCGCAGCCUACGACGAAGGCCGGGGCCGCCUCGCCACUGAACUGCUAAACCACGAGCCCCGCGGCGGGCGCCAGGUGCCGCUGCUCCUCAGCAUGGAGGAGGACGAGCUCGCCCUCGACAAGGCCGUCGAGAGCGGCGACACGGACCUGAUGUACACAGUACUUCUCCAGCUCAAGAAGAAACUGCCGUUGGCCGCCUUCUUUCGCGUCAUCAACGCGCGCCCCGCGGCAACGGCCCUCGUUGAGUCCUCGGCCGCGCGCGAGGCUGACAACGCGCUCCUUAAAGAUCUCUAUUACCAGGACGACCGCCGGGUGGACGGUGCCGGCGUCUUCAUACACGAGUCGCUCCACCAGCCCGACGCGCGCACCGCGUCCGACAAGCUCGCACUCGCCGCGAAGCUACUCUCCGACUCGAGGGAGGCUGCGUUCGAGGUCCACGCCCUCAAGGAGGCGCAGACUCUCCUCAAGAUGCAGGAGGCCUUCGACCGCGACCUCACCGACACCUUCACGGGGCUCAGCGUCAACGAGACCAUGUUCAAGCUCAUCCGCCUCGGGUACCACAAGCGCGCCAGCAAGAUUCAGAGCGAGUUCAAGGUGCCCGAUAAGGUUGCUUGGUGGAUCAGACUUCGUGCGCUCGUUGCGAAGCGGGACUGGAACGAGAUCGAGGAGCUUGCGAAGACGAGAAAAAGCCCGAUUGGGUGGGAGCCGUUCUUCAACCUCACGCUGCAGGCGGGCAACCCGCGGCUGGCGGCCGUCUUUGUGCCCAAGUGCACGGGUUUAGAGCCUGGGACGACCAUCACCAUGUACGAAAAGUGCGGGCUGCGGGUCAAGGCGGCCGAGGAGGCGGUGAAGCUCAAAGACGCCGAGGCGUGGGGCAGGCUGCUCGAAGCGGCGGGACGGGGCACGCAGGAGGGGCGGGACAUUGAGAGGAUCGGGAGCGCCGUCUUUAAGAAGUGA